AUGGCUUCCUUCUCACGUACCUUCACUUUCCUUGCUCUUCUUAACGCCUUUGCCAACGCUGCUCCGACCCUCGGCAGCUCAUUAUCGGGUCUAGAAGGCGAUGUCAACUCUGUUCUGUCCAGCGUUACCAGCAUCACCGCCACCGCCACCCCGACUUCGCCAGCGGAGGCAAGCAGCAUCAUCUCAUCGAUCUUCAAUGCCGUCCCAACGCCGUCAAGCUAUCUGCAGGCCGCCGAACAGCUGGUGGCCGCCGGUCUGACUACCGAGAACUUUGUGCAGGCAAUUCAAUUCCUGGAAGACCCUCUUCCGGCUCAGGCGAGCGACCAGAACGUCAACCUACGCAAUCCUACUCCACCUGCGUACCCUCAAGCUGGACCUAAUGAUGCUCCGUACGACCUGACUGAGGCCCAGCUUCGAGCUGCCAUCUACAUCCCUUCUACCUUCAAGUACGGCGCGAAAGGCGCACCUCAACCUGCCAUCCUCGUACCCGGGACCGGCAACGUCGGCUACCAGACCUUUGAAGGAAACUACAUCCCUCUCCUGCAAGGCUCGAACAUCGCCGAUCCCGUCUGGCUGAACAUUCCGGGCUUCCUUCUCAACGAUGCCCAGACGAAUUCAGAGUACGUGGCGUACGCCAUCAACUACAUCUACGGCAUCUCCAACCGCCGCAAAGUCGCGGUCCUCGCUUGGUCGCAAGGCAACAUCAACGCCCAGUGGGCGUACAAAUACUGGCCUUCCACUCGCGGCCGAGUGACGGACCACAUCGGCUUCUCACCCGACUACCACGGCACCAUCCUUACUCAGUCCCCCUCGCGGGUUCCCGAGCCCCCAAGCUUCAUCCAGCAAGCCUACAAUAGCCAAUUCAUCGCCACGCUCCGCGCGAACGGCGGAGACGCAGCUUAUGUCCCCACAACAACCAUCUACUCGGGCUUUCUCGACGAAAUUGUCGAGCCCCAGCAAGGUACCGGCGCAUCCGGCUAUCUUCUCAGCUCCAGCUCGGCCGCCGCCUCCAACAACGAAGUCCAAGUCGUGUGUGCUGGGAAGCCCGCCGGCAGCUUCUACACUCACGAAGGCACGCUGUACAAUCCGCUCGGGUUCGCGCUGUUGAAAGAUGCUUUGACCCACUCUGGGCCGGGGCAGGCGUCUCGUUUGGAUCUCAACACCGUCUGCUCAACUUACCUCACGCCGGGACUGGAUUUGGCGGAUUUCUUGCUGACGGAAGAUGUGAUUGUGGAUGCGGUCGUUGCGACGGGGUUGUAUCCGCAUGAUGUUACGACGGAGCCUCCCAUUAAGCCAUACGCGCAAUAG